AAUAAUGGCUUUAAGUUUUUAAAGUGAAUAAUAAACGUAAAAACAAGAAGAAGGAACCGAUGUAAUCUCAUUGCGGCAUUUUCACGGCCCAAACAGUUGCAAAAGACAAUUUAAAAAAGAAAAAGGCCCAGUCUGUGAAUUUGGGAAAUUAAUUCUGCUUCAGUGGCAAACCCUUGACAUACAAAUCUGGAUAACUUUGGUAAUCAUAUAUAUAUAUAUAUGGUCAUCUCCAAUUUCACUACUUUUGAGAUUGGAAUAGCAAUGAGAGAAAUGGAAUUUUCAUCUGCUUAACGUUGGUCAAAUUCAUUCAUUCGCCACUGGCUUCUCCCUCAUUCUGUUUAUGUGUAUAAGAUGAACAUGACAUGCCAUUGAUGUUUCUGCUGGGAAUUGGAAAAGGCAAAGCCAAAGUAGAUACUGAAGGACAUCCCCAAGGAGGGCAAGCAGUGAUCUGGCUCAUUUUGAAAUCUUACGAGAAGCUGUGGCUACUUCAACCACUGUCAGUGUGAGCCGACUCAGAUAAUAGACUAGAAAAGGGAACCGAUGGCGGGCAGUGGUGGAAACCCCAGUUCCAAUCAAUCAUCUGUGUCUCAUCAAGCACCCAAAAUCCUAUUAGCCAAACCUGGACUUGUUACCGCUGGUAAAUUCAACCGUGGUGGACCUGACGAUGAUUCUGCAGCUCACCGCCCGCGUCUUCCCUCCGUUGGAUCUCUUAAUCUUCUCUCUGACACCUGGGAUUUCCACACUGAUCGUUUUCUCCCGUUUCUAACGGAUAACACGGACUUUACAGUAGUGGGUGUGAUUGGUCCUCCAGGGGUUGGGAAGUCAACUAUAAUGAAUGAAAUUUAUGGUUUUGAUGCUGCCUCACCUGGAACUCUUCCUCCUUUUGCCAUAGAAGCAGAAGAAACUAGGACUAUGGCAAAACAUUGUACGGUUGGCAUUGAACCACGGGUUUCAUCUGAACGGAUUAUACUGCUUGAUACACAGCCUGUUUUUAGCCCAUCGGUUUUGGCUGAAAUGAUUAGACCAGAUGGCUCAUCCACCAUACCCAUACUAAGCGGUGAAUCUUUAUCAGCUGAGCUAGCUCAUGAACUAUUAAGUAUCCAGCUUGGUGUUCUGCUGGCAUCCAUUUGUCACAUUAUAUUGGUUGUAUCAGAGGGAGUCCAUGAUGCUAGCAUGUGGCAACUCAUGUCAGUGGUUGAUUUGCUUAAGCAUGGUGUACCUGAUCCAUCAUCUUUAACCCUUUCUCAUCCUCAAAGUUCUGAGAAAGAAAACAGAGACAAAAUUCUUGACAGUGAAGGAGAGUACAUGGCCGAACCAGUUUUUGUGCAUACAAAGCUACGCACUGAAGAUCUAGCACCAUGCAACCUUGUCCAACUGAAGAAGGCACUCUCACAGUUCUUUUGCUCAUCAUCUUUUGUGAGAUCAGAAAACCAAAACACUGCCAAAGAGAGUCAAGUUUCUGCUGUUUCUCUCAACGACCAUAGUGCUGGCCGAGAAUCUGAAUCUUUAAAAUUAUUUCUAAUACCAUCUAGAAAUAAGGAUGAUUCCUUGAAGCCACAGUAUGAAAGCCACAUAUCAGCGUUAUGGAAUUUGCGGGAUCAGGUAUUGUCUAAGAGAGGUUCAUCUUUCUCAAGGACUCUGUCCGAGCGCGAUUGGCUGAAAAAUUCUGCCAAGAUAUGGGAAAUCAUUAGGAAUUCUUCCAUUAUUAUGGACUAUUGCAGAACUCUUCAAAGUUCAGGCAUGUUUAGGCGGUUAUAGCUUUAAAUUUGUCUCUGUUUGUCUGUGGUGAUGAACAAUAAAGCUCCUAAAUUAUGAAAUAUUUUGUGGUCUUUUUGCAUACUCUACUAUAAGUCCCACAUACGCUUAAGAUUUAAUAUAGAUGCAUAUUUAGAUUCU